CGAUUUGAAAUUUUGCAUUCUACGAGUAGUUCUGUUUCUGAAGGGAGAAUCAAUUUCAAACAACCUUACCCAAAUCUAAGCACCCAAAAAAAAUUGAAAAGUGAAAACUGAAAACUACUCAGAAUAAAAUAAACGGGCCCUCACAUUUCUUGGAAUUCUACCCUCUCUGCCUCUGUCUCUCUAUCCUUUCCCCGCAAAAUCGUUCGGACCCGGGAAAUUCUUCCGCUCCUUCAUUGAUUAAGCCGAUCGAGGGCCUGGAAAAUGCAGAACCAGAGGCUGAAGCAGCAGCAGGCCUUGAUGCAACAAGCUCUUCUUCAACAACAGUCUCUUUAUCAUCCUGGCCUCUUGGCUGCUCCUCAGGCCCAAGGCCUUCAGAGGACGACAUCAUUUAUGAACCCCCAGUUGUCUGGAUUGACUCAGAAUGGUCAAUCGGCUAUGAUCCAGAACACUUUAGCUCAGCAGCAGUGGGUAAAGAAAAUGCCUUUACAUUAUGUCCCAUUUUUACAUUUUCACGGCCCCUUACACACAUGCUCUUGCUGAAAGCUUAAAGUUGAAUAAGAAAGUAGCGUUACUGCUCUGUUUAUUUAUCCCGAUGAUGAUGUGUCAUGCUGUCAUGAAUCUUCUUUUCUCAUUUUAGAUGAUGCUCUUCUAACUAGGUGGACGAUUCUUUAAAAGUGUUUUUAUAAAACUAGUCUCAAGAAUUAUGUCAUUGCCCAGAACCUCCAGAGGACAUCAUCAUUUAUGAAUCCCCAGUUAUCUGGAUUGACUCCAAAUGGUCAAUCGGCUAUGUUGCAGAACACGUUAGCUCAGCAGCCGUGGGUAAAACAGAUUCCAACACUAUCUUCACCGAAUUCCCCUUCAUUCCGUAUUCAGCACCCAAGGCAAUCACUUAUUCAACAACAAAUGCCUUCAAAUCAGCAGUUGCAUCAAAAUUCUAUGGCUUUGAGCCCCCAACAGUUAUCCCAAAUUGUACAGCAGCCAGCAGCACAGCAACUUCAGCAUCCACUUGAACAAAAGCAACAGCCGUCCGGACAGCAGAUUUUGCAUCAACAGAAGCCACAGCCGUCUGGACAGCAGCUUUUGCAUCAACAACAGCAACCGCCUCAGCAGCAAUCUUCGCCGCAUAUCGCAGCCCCCACAUGCCAAAAAUCUCUAAGUUUGACUGGAUCACAACCAGAUGCUACUGCAUCAGGAGCCACUACUCCUGGGGGGAGCUCAAGCCAGGGAACUGAAGCAAGCAAUCAACUUCUUGGAAAGAGAAAAAUUCAGGAUUUAGUUUCGCAGGUGGAUUCUUUGGGGAAGCUUGACCCUGAUGUUGAAGAUCUUCUUUUAGAGAUUGCUGAUGACUUUAUUGAUUCAGUAACUACGUUUGCUUGCAAUUUGGCGAAGCAUAGAAAAUCUUCAACCCUUGAAUCAAAGGAUGUAUUAUUGCAUCUUGAAAAAAAUUGGCAUUUGACAAUUCCGGGUUUCUCAAGUGAGGACAGGAAACAGAAACUGGAACAUCCAUCUAGUGACAUCCACAAGAAGCGCUUGGAUGUGAUACGUUCGUUGAUGGAAGCUACGCAUGCUGAAACAAACACAAGUGCAAAUAAUAAUAAUAGUAAUCAUAGAGAGAUGAUGGUUAGGCAAGGGAUGGGUGAUCAUGUUAUUGGUCAGCAGCAGAACCACUUGAUAGGAAGAAAUCCAAGCUCAGAGCAGCUGGUUUCACAAUCUAAUGCUCCAAAAAUGUUGCAACAGAUGACAAGGUUCUAAUGCGCCUCUUUUAUGGGUCACUCUGCCUAUUGAGCAAGUUGUAGAUUGCAUUGAUGAAGUCAUUCAGCUUACCCAAGGGAUAGCUAGUUGGAACGCUCUGGUCUAUGCAAGUCCUUUUUGUGUCAUCAACUAAGCAUACCUCACAGAUUCUGCAGGCUAACAUAUCUUCACCGAAAUGUAAAAUAUUUAUUUGUUUUUUAAAGUUUCUCUUAAAUGUUGUGUUGUGUAUAGACCGCAUUUUAACAGCCGAAGUUUGUGAAACUAGUUCAAUCAAUUGUUUAGCAGCCAAAGCUAUAGGGAAUGUUUUUUGUGAUUUUCAUUUUUCUUGGAAGGAGUAGGGGUUGUAAUUGACUCGUAUCGUUGCUAAGCAUGAAUUUAUACUUCACAAUGAAGUGCGAAUUGAUUUGGGCGCCAA